CGAAAAGUCUAUCUCCCGACAUUGCCCGAUUGAACGGGCGGUGGUUGGCGGGGAGAGAUUAAAUAAAAUGGUUGAAUUUAAUAUAUAUAUGUGUGUGUUGGGGAAAGUGAAGAUUGUCACGUUACCCGCCUUAUGCGAUUUUCUUUAGCAAAUUUGUGCCUAGAAAAAUCAGGCACUUCGGUGGUUGACUAUUUCUCUCCCAAAUGCACCUGCUCCAGGUGAGCCGCAGAUUCUCCAAGGCGGAGUCUUUGCAGGAGGAAGCAGCAGUUCCUCUCUCCUCCUUGCUCUCUUUCUAAAAGAGAAUGUGUUGCUGCCAAGAAGAGCACAGGAGAGGCUUUUUCAGCGAGGGCUUUAGUGUAUGGAUGUGAGCACCCUGGAAGGAUGAAUAACCCAAUACCCUCCAAUUUGAAGUCAGAAGCAAAAAAGGCAGCUAAAAUUUUAAGAGAGUUUACAGAAAUAACUUCCAGGAGUGGACCUGACAAGAUCAUACCUGCACAUGUAGUCGCUAAAGCAAAAGGCCUUGCAAUCUUGUCGGUAAUCAAGGCUGGAUUUUUGGUAACAGCUCGAGGAGGCAGUGGGAUUGUACUAGCUCGCCUGUCUAAUGGAAACUGGUCUGCUCCAUCUGCAAUUGGGAUAGCUGGUCUUGGUGGUGGAUUUGAAAUUGGAAUUGAGGUAUCGGACCUUGUAAUAAUAAUGAACCACGAAAGAGCAGUGGAAGCUUUUGCAAAAGGUGGCAAUCUUACCCUAGGAGGCAAUUUUACAGUAGCAAUUGGGCCCAUGGGGAGAAAUCUAGAAGGUGAUGUAGCCUUGAGAAGCUCUGCUGCUGUCUAUACCUAUUGCAAAUCUCGAGGAUUAUUUGCAGGAGUUUCUUUAGAAGGAAGUUGUUUAAUUGAAAGAAAGGAAACAAACAGCAAGUUUUAUGGUUGGGAUAUUCGUGCUAGUGCCAUUCUUUUUGGUGAUAUACCUCCUCCCAUUCAAGCUCAGGAUCUUUAUGAUAUUCUUGAGUCUUUUACUUUGCAAUAUGAAGCUCAGGAAGGGAGAAGCACCAUAUGGACAGCCGCCACAAGCGAGCCAAAAAAGGUUAAUGACCAAUCCUCAAAGCGACCUUCACGCAGGAUUCCUGACAACUCCCCUUCUGAAGCUGUCAAAACACCAAACAGACUUUACCCGGAGCUUCCCAGUUACUCUGCUGCAAUGGGAAACUUGAGGACCAAUCCUGCAACAGUGACAGCAUUAUAUUCAUUUGAAGGACAGCAGCCGGGGGACUUGACUUUCAAAGCUGGAGAUAAAAUAAAGGUCACAAUGAAAACCGAUUCACAGUUCGAUUGGUGGGAAGGAAGUUUACAGGGCAGGACUGGCAUUUUCCCUGCCAAUUAUGUUACCAUGUACUAAAGAAAAUUAAAUAGCCUUAUCCUUUUAGCUAAAACCCCUUUUCUCCUAUUUAAGAUAAGAAUUUAUAUUUAGCUUGAUCCAGUCAAGCAUGAGUACAGUGCAAACAUACAGAGAAGUGCCACAGGGCUCAAUAGAGCUGUUUUGGGUGUCCCCAAAAAUUCACAGGCAACCUGAGGACACUGAAUAGAAUCGAAAAUGCAUGUCCUCUGUAAGGCUUGAUUUGGGAAGUGCAUCCUACUUGCCACAGUGCUCCCUGCACACUCAACCAUGUGCUCAUGUUGGAAGAGGGAACAAAAAUGGGUCACUAUAUGUAGGUGUGAUGUCCACACUUGAUGGGAUCAAGACUUUUAUAUUUUUACAGAUUUCUUUUUUUAAAAAAAUAAUAUUUUCGGAAGCAGAAUUGUGUAAACUUUUUUCUGUGAUUUUUUUAAAUGAGUGAAAUUACACAAAAGCUAAUCAAAAUGAGCUGCAAAAAAGAUUCAAAACUUACUAAUUUGCCUCUCAAACACUUUCCAGUAAUAGUGCCUAAUAAAAGUAUCUGUUUCUUAUCAA